AUGUCUACCUGUCAUCCUGCCUCCUUGACGAAGCAUCUACCUCUGAUCCACCACCCUCUGCCUCGACAAUGCCUCCCGCCCGGAGCCGAGCAGGACGAGUCCAUCCUUCGUCUCAAACAAAUCUCCUCGAGCACGAACGAUGACAAUCAGGCAAAGGGAGCCGCUUCUACGGGGACCACGGGGACGACACUUUGGCUAGGAGGACAGCUGAUGGGAUGUUACAUCGCCGAGACCUUACCUACCGGUUCGGUCGUAAUGGAGGACGGUCGACGGAGACCUAAACGGGUGUUGGAACUUGGGGGUGGGAUAGGUUUCCUCUCCCUCGUCCUAUCUUCACUAGGUUAUUCGGUGACUACCACCGACAUCUCCCCAAGCUUCGAAUCCGUCCUCUUACCAAACAUCGAGAGCAACACGAGGAACCGUUCAGGCUGGGAAUGGGGACCGAUCAGGGGUAGGAAGCUGGACUGGUUUGAUUUUGUCGAUGAUGGAACUGGAAUCGAUGCGGGGUCCGCGAAGGCUCGGGAGUGGAUGCGAGCCGAGAAGGAAGAGCCUGCCCGAAUUGCAAUCACGUCCACAACACCAACAAACGCAACACCGGACCAAAUCCGAGAUCUCGAUUACGACUACGACUACAUAAUCACAACGGACACUCUCUACUCCCCACCCUUAACCCUCCCCCUCCUCUCCACCCUCCGAUCAUUCUCCCUCGCCUGCGCCUCCCCUCCACCUAUCCUCGUCGCCCUAGAGACCCGGGACCCGCUCCUCAUCGCCUCUGCCUUGAACCAGGCUAAAGAGAUGGGAUUCUCUUGCAAGAAGAUCGCUGGUGGACGGGUGGAGAAGGCUUUGGCCAAGAGCGGGUGGGGCUGGGAUAAAGGGGAUCGGAGGGAUUGGGAGGGGAUCGAGGUUUGGAGGUGGAAGUAUGUCGGAGCUGAGGUCGACAAAGACUGA